CUGUAGCGUCUCUUGCAGAUUCCGUUUCCCCCAGGUCGGGUCAGUCAUAAGAGCCGUGGGAACUCCCCACUCCAUGCUGCCAUAUCAGAAAACAAUAUUGGUAUGUACAUGUGUGCGAUGCCAAAUUCAUUAAUAAAAAGCUUUCUUGAAGAAUAUAGUACAUGAAAAAGAGGGGCUCAUGUACUUUAGAGAUGAACACGGAAAUACUCCUCUUCAUUAUGCAGCAUACAUUGGUUAUGUGGAAGGUGUUCGUGAACUUCUAAACAAAUCUAAUCUUGUUGUGUUUCAACGGAACUCAAAUGGUGAUCUUCCGAUUCACAUUGCUUGCCAAAGUAGCCGUGUUCAAGUGGUUAAACAACUGCUUCGCAUAGAAUGUCCUUAUACCAGAUUCUAGCUCAAUAAUAAUGGUCAAAACAUUCUACACAUUGCAGCAGAGCAUGGACAAAACAAAAUGGCAAGGUUCCUAUUAAAACACUCAAAUAUCCACCCUGAGAAAAACCUAGAUGGAGAUGCGCAAUUGCAUUUGGCUUCAAGAAAACUGUAUCUUUGGACACUACUCCAUCUAUCUCGAGAUAAAAGGACAGAUGCGAACCUUGUAAACGACAAAGGCUUAAACGCUAGAGAUAUUGUUUUGAUGCAGGCUAAACAUCCAAUGGCACGUCAAGAGUUUCGAGCAAGUACGAUUUUAAGAACAACUGGUGUUCCCCUCAGACAGGAUUUGUCGGAAGUACAACACAUAGCCAAUACAGAAUGGAAUGUUAAGGAUGCAGCCAAUACGCUCGCCCUUGUGGCUGUACUUAUAGCAACAGUGACAUUUGUAGCUAGUUUUCACAGUACCAGGCUUUUUGUGCACUUAGCUCUUGGAACGAUGCCGGUGGCAUUUAUGGCUGCUAUAUAUUUGGUUGUGGGCAAUAACGCUUCACUUGGAGAUCUUGUAAAAGUCAUUUCCUUCAUCUUCAUUUCCUUUAUCCUACUUCUUUUCCUUUUAGGAUAUUUCCCUCUUGGAAAUCGCAUUCCGCUUCUUUAUCAGAUUGGAGAACUUAUUUUUUUGAUUGGUCUUAUUUUAUUUUAAGGACCUGCAGAUAGGCUUCAUGAAGCUCGUGAUGUCGACCAAUUGAACCAGGUAUAUGGAGUUCUUGGUGCCGAUGAUGACCCCUAAAGUUCAUAUGAAGAUGACGCAGGUGUUGUUAUCCCUAAAGUGUGACAAAGCUUUGAAGAAGGAAAUGAAGAUGAAAUGUGACUUGAUUUGGAUGUGUGGCACGUAUAUCUUGGUUUGAUACAUUUGUGUUGUCAUUUACAAAUAAUCAAUAUAUUUAAGAUGCAGGAGUCAUAUUCAUCCUUUUAUAAUAAAGAAA